AUGGAGCUCGAACCAGCCAUCCCCUCCUGGCUCCUCCAAGAAAGGACAGUUGCCGCCAAGAAAUCCUCGGGGUUCAAGCCGCCGUACGAUUUAUACACAUCGCGCUUCCCCAAAUCAACCAAAGACAUCGUCAUGGCCAUCAUAGGAGUCCAGUACGCCAAGGCCGAGAUGGACGACGGCCGCGCGCUCGCGACGAUAUCUUCGUACAUCACCGCGGAAGCAGUACCCUCCGGGUCACGGCCCAGCUUCCACGAGGUCGCCGCCGUGACCGACAACCGCGGGUUCUACAACGUCGCCGUCCUCGCUUACUGGCCAAACAAAGGCGCGUACGGGGAAUGGACCGCAGCGAGCGGCUUCGAGGCAUGGUGGGCCGGGCUGGAGGCGGACGCCGAGCACGCGAACGGGUGGUUCCUCGAGAUAUUCUUCCCGACCGUGGAUCGCUUCGAGACGCUCCACAACACGCCGUUGCCCGAGGGCGCGGCCAACAUGCGCGAGGACCUCAGCGGGCCGAUCCAGGAGCACGGCUACUGGGGGAGCAUGCGGGACCGGCUGCCACUCUCGCAGACGGACUGGCUUGUGGGCGAGGCGGCUGCGGUGGAGAAGAGCAGUCUCUCGAACGGCAGCUCGGGUACUCAUAAGAACAGCACGGGGCCGCCUCGGAGGGUACGCGUACCCGGAAAAAGAAACCUCGCCGUCAUCCGUUCCGGGCAAGACUGGUCCGCUGCUCUGCCCGAGGAGCGCGCCCUGUACCUGGAGACGAUGCACCCCGUCCUCACCAAGGGGAUGGAUUUCCUGCGGGACCACGGCGACGAGGUCGGGUGCUACAGCUGUCGUUUUAUGGAGAUCGUCGAUCCAUUGACCGAUGAAAAGCCUGCGAGUACCGGCGGGACGGACCGCACGUUUGGCCUGGCCUACUUUGACGAUCUGGCCUCGUUGGAACGCUGGAGCAGAGAGCACCCUACGCAUCUGGCCAUCUUCGGCGGCUUUGGCAAGUAUGCAAAAAGCCUGGGGGAGAAGAUGAGCCUGCGCGUGUUUCAUGAGGUGCUGGUGCUGGAGCCCGAACAACAGCUGUUUGAGUAUAUUGACUGUCAUGAAGGAACUGGCAUGUUGGCCGCUCGAGGGUACCCUAGUCUGAAUUUAUUGUAUGAAAUAAGCCUGAUCGUUCCACCUGAUUUAGCAGACAAGUCCCAGAGGUUGUAA